UACUGCUGCAUAUCAAUGGGUGCCGUUCAAAUUCCCAGGGAUUAUUGGAGGGAAAAAAGGGGGGGAAGAGAAAAACGAUGCGCGCGCCCUCGGAUCGGUGAUGAGCGGGUGCAGAACAACCCGCCGGGAGGUCGUGUGGCUUUUUUGUCCUUUGUGGGUCUUUUUGCGGUCUGGGCUUGCUGUUCCUAAGGCGCUAGCCAGGAAGCCCUUACCCCAAAAAGUAUCUGCACUGGAUUCUGGCGUCUGAACCACAUCUGGCCUGUCUCUCGCCUCGAUGGAGUUUGUAUCGAGUGAGUACACUACAUAUUUGUGGCACAUUCAGUGGGCGGCAACUGGAAAGCUGGAAACAUUUAUAUAGAUAUUCAUAAAUAUAUGAAAUUAUAUAAAAUGAUCACAAACUCCUACAAUUCAUCAAGAAGUCAAAGGAUCUUUCAUCAAUAUUCUGUCUCCAAACACCAUCUUAUCGAAUCAGCUGCUAAUAAGUUGUUUUCAUACACUUCUUGCUGAUUUCGCCCGUCAGUGCUCUCCACACAAAAACCCCAGACAUAUAAUGUAGCCUCACAAGAGCUGCCGCGCAAACGUAUUAAUGAGGAGCAUUUCAUCUAAAAAUACAUCAUGCCAAAGAUUUUCAAUCUUCUAUGGAGUGCGCCGCAGUAGCCGGGGCAGACGCUAAUAUGUUAUCUAAAAACAAGAUAAAAGGACGAACGCGGCCAACAAAUGAGCCCAGGGAAAUCAAACGUGGAGCUUUGAGCCUUUGACGUAUUAUGUGUUACAUAAAUGUGAUUAUUUCUCCAACCCGUGAGUCUUCACAAUGUGGUUUUGACGUCAGAGACACAUGUUCACCCUCAUCAUCAUCAUCAUCAUCAUCAUCAUCAUCAUCAUCAUCAUCAUCAUCAUCACCCUCAUCAUCAUCAUCAUCAUCAUCAUCAUCAUCAUCAUCAUCAUCAUCAUCAUCAUCAUCAUCAUCAUCAUCAUCAUUAUCCAGCGAGUGUUUAAGUUAGUGUGUUACAUUAUUAUAUUAUGUUAUGAUAGAUGUGUUAUAUGUAAUAUGCAGAUGCUCACAUUCGCUGCAACAUGAAAUGUUGUUCAUUUUUAAAUGAGGCUUGAAUAAAAGUCCAGUGAAACAUUUUUCUGUACUGUUGCCUUUUUUGUCCAAUUGUGAUUUUUAAUCUUCCUUUUGAGCUUAACCCACUUCCACUAUAAAGCACUAAUACGCCCCGCUUUGUUUGUUUGCCUCGUGGGCGUCCGCGGCCUCACACAGACUAAUGUGUCACACGUUUUCCGGUGGAUCUCGCCCCUGCGUCUACUAAUUGACCCAACGGAUCUCAGACUGACCUUCACGGGAGAUUCUGGGUUAAAUCGCAGCCCACGACUUGUGUGUCACACAUGGCCCUGGGAAAUGGGCCAACGCCAGACUUGUGUCAUCAGAUAAGGACGGAGGGUGAUGGAUGCACUUUUGCUCCUCGUCCAAAAGAGGGGAAAACCUUUAUGUCUCAUAUUACUGUACAGCAUAUCUGAAAAGAAGGAAUUUCCUUUUUUUUAGUGAUGAAAACACAACAAUGUAAAACAGAAAGGCAGCAUUUGCAUUUGAGCAGCUAAAAGACCAGACCACUAAAUUAAAAGGCAGUAAUGAAGAGUAAAACCCAGCUGGUGAAAUAAAAAAAUCAGAUGAAGCCAAAAGUUAAAAACAAGACUCAAGCGAGAGGCCUUUCAUGAGAUUUAGUCAGACGUCCCUCACGAGGAUAUGGAUGAGGAAGCAGCAAUGGGCCGAACGCUGUGGAGACGAGCCCGGCCCUCGGUGGGAUGUCUGGGACGGCGUGGCCCUCCAGAGGAGGCUGCUGGGAACUGCAGCAAAGCCGUGUGAGGUACAGGCCCAUCACUUCCUGAGCCUCAUUAUAUUAAGAUAAACUGACAAAUUCAUCCUGGAAGGCUCCUCCUCACCACAUAACAAUAAAAGGUGUUAAACAACCUGCUGUCUGAGGUGAAACUUGGCCGUUCUUGUCUUUCCUGCAUUUGAAGAUCUGCUUGCUGGUCAGUCCCGGUGUUUUUGCUGAGCGCAGCCAAGUAUUCAGUGAUGUGAUUAAAUUCAAUUGCUCAACAAAGCGUGUAAAAGCGAUGUGGGGUGAUUUGAUACCUUGUCCCAGUCAGUCACGUGAGUGGUGGGACAUCUGGCAGCGGUGCCAGGUGUUGACGGGAAGCAUGCAGAGGUUCUGGUGGGUCCUACAUUAAUGUCACUGUCAUCUGGGAAUUCAAGCCUUGGUUCAGUCUGCAGAAUUAGCAAAAGCACAGCUGUUCAAUUCUUGAAUUAUUUUUAACUUGGACAAAGUCAGAAAUACCAAAGGAGGAUUUCGCAGAAUUAUCUGAGUGUUUGUCCACGGUUCCUCCAUUCCUCAGCCGUGAGUAUUAGGCCACAUUUAUCCCGCGUCCGCCUCCCUUCUUUUCACCGGGGGUCGGGAGGAGGGGUUCGGCUGGUAAUCAUGACAGGGGGAAGGGGUCAUGAGGGGUCAUUACUGGAAGUGCAGUGUGUGAAGAAGUCCUUCCAAUAACUCAGCCCUGGUUUCCGCACCGCCUGUCUCAUCUGUGCUUCCGUCGGCAUGUUCCCCCAGCGUGAGCUGUGCGGGCACUGGGCCCAGUCGGACGGACGCAGUGGUUUGAGUGGGACAAAGACACGUACAGUAAGAGCUGGUUCUCGCUCAGGUCAAGCGGAUGAGUGUGAGGACAUGGUGCAUUCUGGGAAAUGGUGUCCUGUGUGAGCCUGGGGGAGCCCAUUCUUGUAAUCAGCCAGAUUCAGAUUCUAGAUUCUUCCAAAUGUAUCACAUCACAGGUUUUGUGACUAGCUGCAAAUUGUCAAAAAGCAUUUCGACAUAGGCCGGUCCCUGAAGGGAGUCCUUCUGCACUCUCACAGGCUCCACAGCAGACAUUACCCUCACACGGGCGUGAGUCAGAUGGAAGCAUGGAAUAGUUAAAUGAUGAGCCACGGUCGGGCUGAGGGUUAAUGGGGGUUUGAUCCGGAGGAGAAAGGAGGAGGAGCUAUUUAAGUUGAGGAGCGAUGUGUCCUAUCCCUGUCUGUCAGUGUUAUAGGAGCGGAGCUGCAAGUCCAACAAUACAGGUAGGACGCUUCUCAGAUUUAAAGAGCGGGUCAAACAUUUGCUCUGAUAACAUGACAACGAGAGUAGAACCCAACACGAUGUUUGUGUCUGUCCUGCAGCAUGCGCCUCCUCCUGGCCCUCCUCUACGUCUGCUCAGGUCUCCCUACCAAGGGAGACUCCAUGGGACAGAACAUGGGCAACAUCGUAAGCAUCGCUCAGACGACCCUGGUCCACAUCAAGGAACUCAGGACUCAGUUACCAGCGGCUCCACACGUAGACGCGGCCACUCCUCCCCUUGAGGGACUCGCCGGCAUCAUCCAGCACCUCGGCGCCCUGGACGACGAGCUGCAGAGCGCCCCGACCGGGCUCCUGGGCCAGAUCCAGGCCGACGUGUCCAGCCUGCACGGGAGGCUGCGCUCGCUCGCCCAAUCCAGGGGCUGCGCCGUGUGGGACGGGGCCGCGGGAGCGCCGGGAGACGGCCGGUUCCCGGAGAGUCGCCUGUACCUGACGCUGGCCAAGGUGCAGCGCUACCUGGAUGAGGUCCUCCACAACAUGAACAAAGUCAAAGUGUGCUGAGAGCUUUCUGUCACGACAAGGGUGGAGAACAAGGAUUUGCAUUUGGACUCCAUUUUAUAUAAAGUUUAACCUCUUUUAAAUCAAUUACCUCGAUACUGCUCAUGUAAGUAUAACAGGAUAAGCAAAACAUUUGUUCCAGCAUCGAUUACAGCGUAAAAAAAAUGUUUUAGUACUAUGCAUUUUUGUAGUAUAUUUUGUGCUUUUGUACAUUUUUACCAUAUUUAAUAAUGGUAUAUUUUUUUAAACAUUUGAAGAGAAGUGUGUAAACUGCAAGGCAAAUCAAUGUGACAUUGAUUUGUCUAAUGUCACAUGUUUUGAUACACGUGAUUAUUCUCAAAUAACUGAUGGUUGAACAUUAUUUUAAAUAAUUGGGACAGAAACUACAGGAUUGAAUGGAGGGUUGGGGCCACACGCAAUACCUUGAAAAUCCACCAGAGGCAGAUCUCAAAGAAUUUCAACCACUGCUGCAGUAGAUAGUAUUAUAUUUAUAACAAACGUAUUUUUAUAGUUCAGUCUGUGCUUGUACUCACUUUAUAAGCUGAUGCUUUUGUUUGUUUUGUUUCUGGGAUGUAGUUCUCUACCAGCAAAUCUGUCAUGUUUAUUUCCUAUUAUGAUAUGUUUCUUAGUCCAGGUGAUCAGCUAAACUUUCCAGAUGUAUUUUUGUAGCAUCAUUUUGUAGCAACAGAUUAAUGUAUAAUGGACCUUUUUAGUUGCUUUUCUCAUUGUAUCCCAGUUUUUCUGGGCGUUUUUCUCAUCGGUCGUGUAAUACCUGAAUUGCACUGUGGGGGGAGGAAUUAAGUCUAAACAUGGGAGUGUGUAUUUGGCCUUUCUCAGAUUAAAAAAAGAGAAACAACUUCAUAAA